UAGCCAAAAGACAAGAUGUCAACGGCGGCAACGGCUUUGGUUUAUUGGCAGUCAAUGAACGGCAAUGGCCAUGAUGAUGAUGUUGAUGAUGAUGAUGCGUUCCUCCAGCCGCCGAGUGCAAACACCUAUGCACGCAAUGGCAAUGGCAAUGUAGCCGCAUCAUCGGCAACGUUAACAUUUCAUCCUCAGGCACAGGCUCAGGCUCAAUCGCCGCCUUAUUAUAUCAAUUAUUUGGCACAAAUUGGUUGCCAACAUCGGGUGAAUAGCUUUGAUGGAGGAAGUAACAGCAGCAAUAGCAGCAGUCAUGGCCAUUAUAAUUCGAAAUUCCUAUUAAAUGGCGAUCAGCUGGAUGGCAAUGUAUUGAUGGGUUUGGGUCAUGGUCAGCACCAUCAGGAGACGCCGCCGCCAUCACAUGAGCCACAUUACAUUUUGACCGCUGCCUAUGGGUCCAGUGCGGGAGCCGUAGACACAACGCAGGGUAGCGGAGGAGGUAGACAACGUCAUGCACCCCUCUAUGGACGGUUUGUGGUCGAAGAGGAACUGCCACCAACGCAUCGUGAUGUUAUGCAUCAUCACUCUAGUCCUUCGUCUUCGUCGGAGGUGCGAGCCAUGCAGGCCCGUAUACCUACACAUUUUCGUGAUCCGGCCAUAGCACCAUUGCGCAAGCUGAGCGUCGAUCUGAUAAAGACCUACAAGCACAUAAAUGAGGUUUACUAUGCGAAAAAGAAACGUCGUGCCCAACAGACCCAAGGCGAUGAUGAUUCGUCCAAUAAAAAGGAACGAAAAUUAUAUAACGAUGGCUAUGAUGAUGAUAAUCACGAUUAUAUAAUCAAGAAUGGUGAAAAGUUUUUAGAUCGCUAUGAAAUUGAUUCGUUAAUUGGCAAAGGCAGUUUUGGUCAGGUAGUAAAAGCCUACGAUCAUGAGGAGCAAUGUCAUGUAGCGAUAAAAAUAAUUAAAAAUAAGAAACCGUUCCUAAAUCAGGCGCAAAUCGAGGUAAAGCUGCUUGAGAUGAUGAAUCGUGCGGAUGCUGAGAAUAAAUACUAUAUCGUCAAGCUCAAACGGCAUUUUAUGUGGCGCAAUCAUUUGUGUCUGGUAUUCGAGCUGCUAUCAUACAACCUAUACGAUCUGCUAAGGAAUACUAAUUUCCGCGGCGUCUCGUUGAACCUCACGCGCAAAUUUGCGCAGCAACUGUGCACGGCGCUGCUGUUCCUUAGCACGCCCGAACUGAACAUAAUACACUGUGAUUUGAAGCCCGAGAACAUCUUGCUAUGCAAUCCAAAACGCUCGGCCAUUAAGAUUGUUGACUUUGGCAGCUCAUGUCAGCUGGGACAGCGAAUAUAUUAUUAUAUACAAUCGCGCUUUUAUCGCUCACCGGAGGUGCUAUUGGGCAUUCAAUAUGAUCUGGCAAUCGAUAUGUGGUCAUUGGGAUGCAUACUGGUCGAGAUGCAUACGGGUGAACCCCUAUUCUCUGGCUGCAACGAAGUCGAUCAAAUGAACAAAAUCGUCGAGGUGCUAGGCAUGCCACCCAAAUAUCUGCUAGAUCAAUCGCAUAAGACGCGCAAAUUUUUCGAUAAAAUUGUGACGGAUGGCUCCUAUGUGCUGAAGAAGAACCAAAAUGGACGUAAAUAUAAGCCGCCCGGAUCACGAAAAUUGCACGAUAUACUCGGUGUCGAAACGGGCGGCCCAGGCGGACGGCGACUCGACGAGCCCGGCCAUUCUGUAUCAGAUUAUUUAAAAUUCAAGGAUCUAAUAUUACGCAUGCUGGAUUUUGAUCCCAAAACCCGUGUCACACCAUACUAUGCCUUGCAACACAAUUUCUUUAAGCGCACCACUGACGAAUCGACGAAUACCAGUGGCGCUGGCGCAACAGCAAAUGCCGGCGCCGGUGGCAGUGGAGCUGGUGGUGCUGGAGCCGGUUCUGGCGGUGGCGGUGGUGGCGGCGGCAGCAGCGGUGGAGCUGGUGGACUUGGCACCGGAGCGGGUAACAGCAGUAGCAGCAGUGGUGGCGUCGUAUCAUCUAGUGCAGCAGCUGCCGCGGCUGCAGCAGCGGCCGCCAGUUGUUCUACGGGUAGCGGUGGCAGUGGCGGCGUUAGCAAUAGCGGAUCAGUCACAGGUGUAGGAGGAGGAGGUGGAUCCACAACAGCACAGCAACAGCAAUCAAUGCCACUGCCAUUGGCUUUGGUGGGUGGCAGUGGGGCGGACGCACCAUGUCACGGUCUGGUGCUAACGAACAACAAUCGCCGACAAAUGUACAGCAGCAGCAACAACAACAACAACAACAACAUCAACAGCAAUAGCUAUCCGCACGCCAUGGACUGCGACCCGCCACUGGGUGGAGGACUUGGAGGACUGAGCAAACAACAAAUGCCACCACCUCCAGUGCCACCAAUUGCCUCAGGCCCUGGCGUGGGAAUGGUGGGUGGAGCUGGCGGCGGCGGCGUCGGCGGUGGGAUGAAUUCUCGACCAAAUGGACGCCUACGUGUGCCUAUCAUACUGACACGAUUGCCGCCACCGCCUAGCCUUGGUGGCUAUACACCCAAAGCCCCAGCCUCACUGCCAUUGGAUCUAAUGCAGCAUCAUUAUGGCAGUAUGUCGGCAGCUGCGGCUGCUGCCUCCCAUCUAAUGAUGACCGAUUCGAGUGUAAUAAGCGCUUCGGCAGCUGGCGGUGCUGGCAAUCCGCCUGUGCCCAGCGCCGGAUCGGGUCCACCCUCCACAUCGUCAUCGUCGUAUACGUCGCUGCUGUUUCCGCCGACACCAUCGGGCUCGUUUUAUGGCCAGGCGCCCGCCUCGUUAAGCGAUUUGCCUUUGCCGCCACUGCCGCUGCCGCUGCCCAUGUCAAUGCCAUUGCAACUGCCCCCGAAUCAUCCAACGUCCAUGUCGACUGCCGCCCAGCGUCGCAAUUUGGGAGCCGCUGUGGCAACGGCAGCACCAACGGCCACAGUGGGUUCGGGUACAUCCGGCAGCAGUUCGACCACUGGGGCCACUAGCGAUGCCUCAUCGUCGUCGCCCAUGGUGGGCGUAUGUGUUCAACAGAAUCCUGUAGUUAUACACUAGCCUAGAAAGAAUAUUCAUCUACUUAUAAUUAUGAUUAUUAUAUACAUACAUAUAUAUAUAUAUAUAUAUACAUACAUAUAUAUUAAUACAUAUAUUAACUAUUAAAAUUUAUUAUAGCACACUGCUCAAAAAGCCGGCGACAUUCAGGCCGUCAGGCAGUGAAACGCA